CAGCUACAAUUAUCCCAUUGGCGGAAGGAGUUUUAAAAGGGACGAAAGAUUUCCCCGGGUUUUCUCCCUUGCUAAUUGCUAUCUUAUCCAAAUUUCCUACUUCUCGCAAAAGUGCAAACAACUGAACAACCAGUCCUUGACACACCUAAGGGAAAGACCUUACGCGUUUCGCUAACUCCCUUGUUGCUCGUCGAAGUACAGCCAGAUGACAAUGGAUGUUGAUGAACCUCUGGACUUUGAGUUUGAAGAUAAUGUUGUUUCCCCUUCUAUUUCGAAGAAAACGAAAAAGGUUAUAGGUUUGGAUGACUUGUUAAAGGACUACUACAAGGAGAAAGUCACCAUUGACGAGAAGGUUAAGAAACGUGCAAAGGUCCAAAAGGUCUAUGAUUCUGAUUCUGAUGAUGACAUUAGUGCCAGAGAAGCUAAGUUUCAUCACUGUGUUAACGAAUUCCAAGAAAAGAUGAAUCAAAUAAAGGCUGAUGAUGAGAUGCCUAUGUGGGGUGUUCAAGUAUUUGGUUCUCAGAAAACUUUCCCGGAACUGGAUUUCCCUGACCUAAGGCAGUGCAGCUAUCUGCAAUCUUUCAUGAAUCGUGAGCUCAACUCGAUUGUUAAACUCAAAAUGGAUGAAGGACAGAAUUUUCUUGAGGGCUUGCUCCUAAAUGGGUGGCUUUUGAAGCUGAUCAAAACUCAGGGCUUCCUUGAAGAAAACAUUGCAAAAUGGAGCUUUAAUCUCUUGUUAUAUUCACCAAAGCUCCAGUUGGGAAAUGCAGCCUGCAACUUUUGGUGUUCCAUUCUCUUACCGAACAGUGAGAUUGACCCAACAGAGUUUGAAAUCAAAUGGUUUCCAAAGUAUUUGGAACUGAAAAAUGCGCUUGAUGUAUAUGGCUUUAUGUUGGAUUCACCUUGCAAGUCAUCAUCAUCCUCCAUGGAAUUUGACCACUCAGAUUCCAAUUCUUCUGGUCCACCACAAAAUAUAAGGUUUUGGAUAAAGCUUGUCUCUGCUAGUUGCCAAGUUAGGAAUGUGUGUUCAACCUUCUCAACCGAAGAGGUGGAAGAUAUGAUAGUUGUGGUAAUCUGCACGUUUAUGGAUCGACAACUUCUUGGCCUCUCCCUAAUCUUGGAUGAAUGUCUUCACUCACUUAUCAGCUUCUUUAAUGAUAGUGAAUUUGAUAUCAGCUGUAUCAAAAUAGCCAAGUCUCUUGCCUGCAGACUGAAUACAGAUAUUAGUUGCUUGAGAACUGUGGAAAGUAUUUCAGUGUUUGAUGCUCGUGGUAAGCGUUUAAGAAGUGCCGUAGCCUUUGAGUUUCUAGUAGCAUGCUUUGAUAGUAAGGUAGUUGAUGGAGAAGGGAUCUUAAAGUUUAUAAAUGCAAUUAAUCUGAAAGAUGAGGAUUUUGAGCUUGAGAAGAUGUAUAUAUACUUAAUAUUGGUAGACAACUGGCUCUUCUGUGACCCUAAGCUAAAAGGAAAUGCAGAACUAAAAACGAUGUGGGCGGCAUGUCUGCGUAACUGUUCCUGCCAAAUCAGCAGCACAGAUUUGAGGUCUUAUGCUUUAAAGGUCAGAAGUAAAGCUUCAUAUCUUUCUCAAGGCCAUGCUAGCAAAUAGUGAAGGGGGUGGAACCGUGGAAGGCGCUGAGGGAAACUUUUUGCAAAUUAUCUUCUCUUUUUUGCAAUUUCCUGUAAAUGGAAGUUCAGUGCAGAAUUAUGUAUGCUACUUAAUAUUGGUCUCCUUAGAAGUUCAGCUUAGUUUUUUCCUUUUUUGACUUUGAUGUAAAUGCUCCUACCAGUUAUCAUUUUAAAAGUGCAAAAGACUACAGUUAGUGGUGUACUGGUGUACCUGGGCCGGUUCAAUUCGGUUUUGGGUCUUGCAUCUCGCGACCACCUGGUUCCAGGUAGGGGUAACCCGAAACUUGGCCGGUAACGGUAAAUUGGUUCUGGACUUCUGGUUACAAUCCCGUUCUGUUCCAUUUAUAAUUUUUAGUCUAUUUAAAAAAAAAG